CGGUCUGAGAGCGGACGUCGCAGCAAUGGAGGAAGUGAGAGUGUUUCCCCUGACCUGUGCUGUGCAAAAUUAUGCCUGGGGUAAGGUUGGGCUGGACAGCGAGGUGGCCAAACUGGUGGUGGGUGGAGACCCAGUUGCUGUCGUUGAGGAUGGAAAGCCUUAUGCAGAGCUAUGGAUGGGUGCCCACCCUAAAGGCGAUGCCCAGAUUAAAGACAACAGGAUUGCACAGACCACCCUUGGCCAAUGGGUCGCCCACUUCCCUGCCUGCUUGGGCUCCAAGGUUAAAGACACCUUCCAGGGUCAGCUGCCUUUCCUCUUCAAAGUCCUCUCUGUCAACACGGCUUUGUCCAUACAGGCCCACCCCAACAGGGAGUUAGCCGCUCGUCUCCAUGCUCAGUUUCCGGAGCACUAUCCAGACAACAACCACAAACCGGAGAUGGCCAUCGCUCUUACCCGCUUCCAGGGCCUCUGUGGCUUCAGACCAGUGGAGGAGAUCCUGGGGUUCCUUAAAUCGGUCCCAGAGUUCCACGCACUGGUGGGCAACGAGGCAGCAGAGGAGCUGAGGUGCAGCAUGGGAGAUGCAGUUCGUACGGGCCAGGCACUAAAGAAGUGCUUCACCAGGAUGAUGAACUGUGAGAAGAAAGUGUUUGUAGACCAGCUCAACAUGCUUGUGAAAAGAGUCACUGAAGAGGGUGCAGCAGAGAAGGACACGUCAAGCAGCAACGGUGACCUGUUGCUUCGCCUCCACUCCCAGUACCCUGGGGACAUCGGCUGCUUCUCCAUCUACUUUCUCAAUCACAUGCUCCUGGAUCCAGGCCAGGCCAUGUUCCUGGGAGCUAACGAGCCUCACGCUUACCUUUAUGGAGACUGUAUCGAGUGUAUGGCCUGCUCAGACAACACUGUGAGGGCCGGGCUGACGCCAAAAUACAUCGAUGUUAAUACGCUGUGUGAGAUGCUGAACUACAGCCCUGCCCCUGCCGCCUCUAAAAUCUUCCCAUGUGUUGAGGAUGCGUCAGACCCCUGCGUGACCCUGUACGAUCCCCCAGUGCCAGACUUCACUGUCAUGAGGAUACAGGUCCCAGCCUCAAUGAAGCAGUACAUUGUUGCUCCAGUGGACAGUGCCAGCAUCCUUCUGGUCAUCGAGGGCGAAGCCACGGCAACAUCCGCCGCUGCUCUGUCUGAUAUCACCCUGAGGCGUGGCACCGUCCUGUUUGUCUCAGCCAAUGAGAGCGUCUCCCUGCACAUCACCUCGCAGACAGGGAUGACUCUGUUUCGGGCCUGCUGCCUCCUGUAGUUGUGAGUCUGUGGCUGUGUGUGAAAGCUCAUACUACCUGUUUGUUUGCGGUUUAAUGCAGCAAGGUCUGUACCGUGUUAUGGAUUGAGCCCGAUAACUGUUGUGCACUUUUUAGUAGGUAGUAUAAAAGCUGACGGAACCUUCCGGUCUAGUGUGUCAAUGCCCUUUGGUGCCCGCUGCGCCCCCUUAACCCCAACUCCACCCACAGACCGUUGUGCCACCUCCAGCACUAUUGUCUAGCUUUAAAGUCCAGCAGUAAUUCAAUGCUGCUGGAUUUUAGCUGGUUUUAAUCCCUUUUUCACCUGAAGUGGUGCAAGUACAACUUCUAGAUGCUGGACAGAGGACACAAGGAAUAAAAAGUAAAAUAUGUCCACCACACUCAGAUGCUUGUCUGCGUUCCUGAUGAUUUGUAAUGAAGACUGAGCGAUCAUCAAACUUGCUACCAAUCUAUUCAGUCACUGUUCUGGAGCUUAAAGUCACACCUCAAACUGCUUAAAUUUUGAUCUGAACAAUCCCAGGACAUCUGGGCAACUACCAGCUCCUGAAGAUCAUUGUUAUAACUGAAUCUUCUAGAACAGCUACUAAAUAGAAACCAGUGUUUGGAUUGUUUUCUCCAACAAAAACUUAUCCUCCAUUAUAAGAAGUCUGAGAGAUGUGGUUGAAAGAACUGGGAAAAAACUACCAAGUGGAGAUUAUUUCGCCAUUUAUAAGCAGAUAAUUUAUGAGGUGCUCCACUGUUUUCCAGACAUUUUUUACUUUUAAUUCUAAGUGCAGGUACAACUGAAAGUGUAUUAUUUUUCAGUCUGGGAUAAAGACGACACACACUCAGAGUAACUUGCUGAAACAGCACUGAAACAGGGUGCGGGAUACGUUUACACUGGUGCAGCCCACCACCACUCACUGCUUUGGACAACUACAGUACCACCUUGUUGAGGACUUAGCACAUCUGUUCAAUGAGCCAGCAGCUGUCUUCCCCCACAAUCACUGGUGCAACUGCCUGUUUUCUCAUUUUAACUUUAGCCUAAACAACUAAAUAUCCAUUCUUCAAACUCAAAUGAAGGAAAAUACAUUGUUAGUAUAAUUGAGUAUAUAGUGUAAUACUGAGAUGCCUGUGCAUGCUUGAUUUAUCAGUAAUACUGCAGAGGGGCUCCUACUAUUACUGUAAUAAUGCUACGAGGCAAUCACAGUGAGGCUGACCCUGCUGAGUAUUACUGCUUUUGACUGUUACCAGUGCAUGUUUACAGUCUGGAAACAUCUCAUCAAAGUAGUGAACAAUCAUAAACAUAAAAAAAAAAAAAAAAAAAAAAAAAUAAAAAAAUUAACAGGAGCAGGUAAGAAAGCCACUGAACAUCUCUUUCCCAUGAAGCAUGACUACAUGGGAAUCAGGAAUGCUUCUGAUUCUGUCAUUUGACUAAAAAUGCACUACAACAGCUUGUUGCAUACUGAUACAAGAUGACCCAAGUGUUUUAACACAGUAAUUUCCCGUACAAUGGUACAACAAAAUGCUGCAUUGAAUUUUAUAUUGUAUUAUUUGGAGCCAAAUUUUUUGACUUUGUAUGUUUUGUUGUUUGUACUGAUUAAUCAAUACUUGACAUUACAUACUAAGAGAAGAGAAAGUGAAUGAUAAGGUUUUAUUGUUCAUUAUAUCAUGGGUGAGUGAACUGUCUUCAAAGUAUUAUCUUUUAUGGUGACUACUUUCCAACAUGUUGGUACAAUAUUGUAACUAGAUCAUUUCAGUAUGGUGCAAACUUCUGUAUUAUAUUCCAGUUCAUACCAGGGUCGAUGUGAAUUCAGUCAAUCAUAAAGUGGGUUUUCCUGUUGUAAUAGUUUUUAUAGGCUAUCUUGACUCAAAUAUUUGAGAAUGAACACUCAGUCAGCCUGCCAACCUACCAGUGAGUAAAUAUCUCUCUGAAUGAAUGAAGCCCUGCUAAUGCUUUUGCCGACUUCAUGAUCAUGUUAGUGACAUGGUUCAAUCUCUAAGCUUGUCCCUAAUUUAUAUGCACUGAACCUUUAGCUGUUUGUUGUUGCUAAAACUGGUGAAAAUUGAAAAAUAUGAUGAGAUAGAAGGAUGUGAAUAGUUGUUUUCAAACCACCUAUUCUUUUGGAAUAAAAUCAUUACCUCAAAUCCAUCCUUCUCUAUCUUUAAAAAGGAGAGACUCCAGUUAAUUUUGUCAACAGACAACCUUUUUGCCAUCUUUUCAUGUAACAUCAUUUUGUAGAGGUCACUGUUUCAAACAGUAUCUGAUUUUGAUUAUUAACGUCUCAUUUACGUAUCACACUUUGGUUACUGAUCUUGUUUUAAAUCACCUUUAGUUCGAACACUGUACAUCUAGAACUUUGCACAAAGGUUAUUUUUUGAUCUUUUAUUAUUAUUAUUUUUCAUUUUAAAUGAAUGUCCUUAAAAUGCACACAGAUCUUAGGGUUCCUUAAUUGUUUUCUUUAACCUUUGUGGAACAAUUUCUUGGAAUAUUUCUCUAGCCAGGGCAUGAUUUAGCAUUUUUGAAUAUGGUGAUGCUGUAGCAUGGGACUGCAGAGAACGUGUAUGUAAAAGUGGUUUAAUAAAGCCUUGUUCUGUUACUAAA